AUGCCGGGCCUGGUGCGAAAGCUCCUCGUCAUCGCCGCAGUUGACGGGCUGAUCCUCCAGCCCCACGGGAAUGCGCAGCGCAAUGCCAGCAACGGACACCACGCCAUUCAGAUUCAGUAUAAGACGAGGAAGAUCUCGUCGUUGCCGCCACAGUCGCUGCCGUCGGUCAGUCCUGAUCUGAAUGAGAAGAAGCAGGAUGGGGAGGCAGAAGGGAAGAAUCAACAGCAGAAGCAACAACAGCAGAAAGAUGCAGAGCUGGAAGCGCAUGGUGUUGUUGGUCUGCUAUCAGUAGCGUCUUAUUCAUUUCUGAUUUCAAUCACGCAAAGAGAGCAAGUCGCUCAGAUCCUCGGCAAACCCAUCUAUGCAGUGACGAACGUCGCGAUCAUCCCUCUCUCCUCGCAGUCCGAUGCAAGUCGCGCGAUCUUACAAGCUCAUGAGAAUCUUUCUGGCGGCGAACUGGGACCCGGGGAGACAGCCUCGGACGCAUCGACUGAUGCCUCCAGUAUUACUAGCGAUGGCGCGGAGAGUGGCGUCAGUGAGGACCAGACCAUAAGCGCUCCUGCAGCAUCCUCCCAUAAGAGAGACGGGAGCGUGAGCAGUAUCGUCGAAGACGUCAUUGGCAAAAAGGGUCGGUUUACAGUCAAUUGGUUCUCGGGACAAUGGGGACUAGGACGAAGCAACAACAACAACAACAACGUCGCUGGUAAAGAGACCGAUGCUGAUCAAGAAAGCGAUCCGGUUGCAACUCUUCCAGGGGCAGACAUUUCGGACGUGAAAGAGGAGGCGACGACCGCUGCGCCUGAAGGGGUAAUUCCGUCCAAGAAAGAGGCGCAAGAGGAUCAUACGCCGGAUGAGACGGUGGAGCUGAUGCCUAAAUUGCUUCGGUAUACGAAGCUGCUUUUCUCUUCUAAGAAUUUCUUUUUCUCAUAUGAUCAUGAUCUCACGAGACGGUUCAGUGUGGAGGACCCGAUUAAGGCGCAUUCGCCGCUAUACACCACGGUAGAUCCAUUGUAUUUUUGGAAUAAGCAUCUAAUGAAUCCUCUGAUCGAAGCCAGUGCGCAUAGCUUCAUUCUGCCUCUUAUGCAGGGGUUUGUAGGCCAGAGACAGUUUUCGGUUGCUGCUCCGGAGAAGAAACCGCAAGAGGAACGGAAACCUGAUGAACCCGCUGCAGAGGGUAGCGUCCUUGCGGAAACGCAGGAGGUGGAGUCGUCUGAGAAGGGCUUGGAAACGCACGAAUAUCUGCUUACGCUCAUCUCGCGACGAUCGAUCAUGCGUCCAGGAUUGCGAUACCUGCGGCGUGGUGUGGACGACGAUGGGAACACCGCUAAUACGGUAGAGACGGAGCAAAUCCUCUCGACUCCUUCAUGGGACCCUUCUCGCAAGGUGUACUCGUUUCUGCAACUGCGUGGCUCUGUACCCAUCUACUUCUCACAAUCACCGUAUUCCCUCAAGCCGGUUCCAGUGCUCCAUCAUUCGGAGCAGACUAACCAGCUUGCGUUCAACAAGCAUUUCCGGGAGCUGAGUAAGAGAUAUGGGAAGAUUCAAGCAGUUUCGCUUAUCGACAAACAUGGAGGGGAAGCCAAAGUUGGAGAGAUGUACGAGAAAUAUGCGAAGGCUCUUAGUGAAGGGGGCACCAUGGACGGGUCGCAACUGCGUCUUGAGUGGUUCGACUUCCAUAGCGAAUGCCGUGGGAUGAAGUUUGAAAAUAUCAAGAAACUGGUUGAUAGUCUCGAAGAGACUCUAGACGAGUACGGGGAGACGGUUAUUCAGGGCAACAACAUCCUACGGAACCAGACAGGGAUUGUGAGGACGAACUGCAUGGAUUGUUUGGACCGCACGGGAGUCGCGCAGUGUGCCUUUGGCGGAAGAGCGUUGGAGAGGGAGCUUCUCAGUGAAGGCAUCAGCAUUGACCUGCACGGAGACUCAUCCACCCAGUGGUUCAAUAUCCUCUGGGCCGACAAUGGCGAUGCUAUCUCUAAGCAGUAUUCGUCCACUGCGGCUCUCAAGGGCGACUACACCCGGACCAGGAAGCGCGAUUACCGUGGAGCCCUGAAUGACUUGGGCUUGACCAUGUCUCGCUACUUCAACAACAUCGUCAACGACUACUUUUCCCAGGCAUGCAUCGACUACUUGCUUGGCAACGUCUCGAUGGGAGUGUUCAAGGAGUUCGAGAUGGAGCUGCAGUCUGCGGAUCCCGGUAUUUCAGUGCAGAAACUCCGACAAAACGCCAUCGAGACCAGCUGCAAGAUCGUAAUUGGUGACCAGAGGGAAGAGCUCCUGGGAGGAUGGACGAUUCUGACUCCUCGUCAGCCCAACACCCUGCGAACCCUCCCAUUCGAAGAAUGCGUCCUGCUCCUGACCGACUCCGCAGUGUACAACUGCCGCUUCGACUGGAACACGGAUAAGGUCCUCUCCUUUGAACGCAUCGAUCUAAAGUCCAUCAUCCGCAUCAACUACGGCACAUAUAUCACCUCCGUGAUGACAGACAUCCAGCAAGACGAAAAGCGCAAUGUCGGCCUCGUCAUCGUCUACCGUGACGCCGAUGAGAACGCGCUACGCGUCAACACCCGCUCUCUUCGCAGUCUCUUCAAACAAGACGCCCAGGAUAGCGAAACCAAGAACGAAUGGGACAUUGCAUCGUGGCUGAAAGGCGAAAAGAAAACUACAACACGAUUCAUUGCCUUCAAGGCCCUCCCUGUGUCCAGUUGCGUGACGGUCCAGAACCGGAACAACCUCGCCGUCAGCGAGAUUGAUUCCGUUCGCUCGAUCUGUGUCGAGAUCGAACGCGCCAUGAUGACUGCUGAGGACGGAGGUCCAGGACAUGUCGAGAAAAGUUCCGUUAUCGAAGAACAAGAUAUCAUUUCAUUAGACGAAGCGAAGAAGCGAACGGGGUAUUUGGAGCAUUUGGUUUAUGAUUUCAAGAAGUUGGUUUGGGCGUGA